AUGGUCCACCUCCGCUACACGACUGAUCGGCCUGUUUAUUCUCAGACUGACUUUGAUAAGGAGUUUGACAGAAAGAGAAGAACUUUUCCACUGGGACAGAAACUCUGCAAAGCCUUGCGAUGCUCAGGAGAGAGGCUGAAAGGUGUCCUGCUUAGACGUCUGCCAAUUCUCAGUUGGCUUCCCAAGUACAACGUUAAACAGAACCUCCUCUGUGAUGUCAUCAGUGGGGUCAGCGCAGGCACCAUACAGGUUCCUCAAGGCAUGGCAUUUGCCCUUCUGGCUAACCUGCCUCCAGUCAACGGCCUCUACUCCUCCUUUUUCCCUCUCAUUCCUUAUUUCUUCAUGGGCACAGCUCACCAAAUGGUACCUGGUACGUUUGCUGUGCUCAGCAUCAUGGUUGGAAUGGUCUGUCUGCAUUUAGCUCCUGAAUCUGACUUUACCCACUUCAACGCCACAUUAAACGAAACUGUGGUGGAUGAGGGGAAGAUGAACGAAGUCCGACUGAGUAUUUCAGCCACACUGGCUUGUCUAACUGCCAUUAUACAGAUUGGUAUGGGUGUGAUGCAGUUUGGUUUUGUGGCCAUCUACCUGUCUGAAUCUUUUGUGAGAGGUUUCAUGACGGCAGCUGGACUGCAGAUCCUAAUAUCUGUUCUUAAGUAUAUAUUUGGAAUCAAAGUUCCACCCUUUAGCGGCCCUUUAGCAGUUGUUUAUACAAUAGUGGAUAUUAUUCUUGGCAUACCCAAGACAAACGUGGCUUCCUUGAUCUUCGCUCUGGUCAGUUGUGCGGUUCUGAUAGUUGUGAAAGAACUGGGUGCCAGGUUCCGCCAUAAAAUCCCAUUCCCCAUCCCAGUUGAGAUCGUUGUGGUGGUUGUGGCUACGGCCAUUUCUGGGCCACUGGACUUGCCUGAGAAAUAUCACAUGGACAUAGUGGGCGAUAUUCCUCUAGGGUUCCCCGCCCCUAUUCUGCCAACAGUGUCACAAUGGGAAGGUAUGAUGAGUGCAGCCUUCUCAUUGGCUAUUGUUGGUUAUGUCAUCAAUCUUGCAAUGGGAAGGACACUGGCCGCCAAGCAUGGUUACGACAUUAAUCCAAAUCAGGAGAUGCUGGCGUUGGGUUGCAGUAACCUUCUGGGAUCUUUCUUCAAGAUUCAUGUCAUCUGCUGUGCACUCUCUGUCACUCUGGCUGUUGAUAAUGCAGGCGGUUCAUCACAGUUGGCAAGUUUGUGCGUGAUGCUGGUCGUCAUGGUGACCAUGCUGGCUCUUGGAACCUAUCUGAGACCUCUGCCAAAGUCAGUCCUGGGGGCCCUCAUAGCAGUCAAUCUAAAGAACACACUUCUGCAGCUCUCCGACCCCUAUUAUCUCUGGAAGAAGAGCAGACUAGACUGUUGUGUCUGGGUUGUGUCUUUUCUAGCAACUUUCUUUCUGAGUUUGCCAUACGGUGUGGCUGUGGGAGUUAGCUUCUCAAUCCUGGUUGUGAUAUUCCGAACUCAAUUUCAGAACGGCUCAGAGGUGGCUCAGGUCAUGGAAACAGAUAUCUACAAGAACCCGAAAGUCUACAAUAAGGUGAAUAGACUUGAAGGAAUUCAAAUAGUGAGCUAUUGCUCGCCACUGUACUUCGCCAAUGCAGAGAUAUUCAGAGGAAAAGUCAUCAAAAAAACAGGACUGGAUCCAGGGAAGGUUCUGCUGGCCAGGAUGAAAUUCUUGAAAAAACAAAAAGACAAAGAGAAACAGGAAGCAAAGGAGGAGAACAGUCUGAACAAACUGGACAACAUAAAGAGAAGAAUGAGUUCGCUGGUUGCUAUGAAAGCACAGACUAUAUCUCAGCUAAACCUACAGAGUGACACUGACAUCAAUACCAUCAGCACACCGACAUCCUUUGAAAACCCUUACUGUGAUGUCAGUGGCUCAUCUGAUUCAAAAGCCACUGAUUCAGAAUGCCCUUCUCCUGUAACCAUAGAGAUGCAACCCAUGCCUUUCCAUAGCCUCAUUCUAGACCUGGGAGGAGUGUGUUUCAUUGACCUGAUGGGUGUAAAAGUUCUCACAAAGAUGAGCAGCAGUUAUAAGAAGCUGGGAAUCAAUAUGUACUUGGCAAAUAUUCAAGCUCAGGUGUAUGAAGAUCUGGAGAAAGGAGGAGCGUUUGAGGAAGGUUGUUUCUUUCACUCUGAUCUCUUCAUCUCUGUCCAUGAUGCCGCUCUGUUUAGCCUAAAUCGUUUCGUGAGGUCUGAUCUCACAGAACAGGUAAAUGGAGAGCUGAUAGACCUGAGCUGUGACAUAGAUGAAGAUCGGAACGAUUUGGAGCAGGACAUGUUCUGAUUGUUAAACCAUUCGGUAUGAAACUAAUGUCAUACUAUCUGAGAGAUCAAGCCAAGCUAGAUGUCAAAGCCUGACUGAAACCCACCGUAACAAAAAAAAAAUUGGUCAAAAAUAUCUUUCCUCAGUA